CAAUUGUGUAAGGGUUUGUAAGUUGAGCAUGUAUUAAUUGAUAUUGAAAACAAGAUGUGACUUUGCGCAUUGCAUUCCCAUUUGCAUUUUCUUUCAAAAAGGACGAAUAUGCGAAUACAAUAUUGCGUUGACCCACAGACAAGUUAUCCUACCGCUAUAGCUUCUGUGGAAGGAUUUCGUUGGAGUCAACACGAAAAUAGUGAUUUCCAGUUGAAAGAAGAUGGAAGAGGUUCCCUUGUGUUGGCAGAUAAUAACAGUGGUUAUUCAAUGCCGGUAAGCGUGAAGGAAGCAGUAUCCCAGCAUUGUUUUGCAAGAUAUUUUAUUGGUGUAAAAAAGAGAGGGGAAAACACAAUAUAUUGUAUAGAGCCACAACAAAUUGUUCACUUGUAUCCGGCCAUCAGGCAGACUCAAAGGGACUACUCAGAAACGUCGCAGUUGUCCAAGGGAGAGUUAAAAACUCAGUUAAUUGCAAAAUUUGGAAGUAAAGCAACGAAAAAGAGACGAGAUGCAGUUCUUCGGAAUGCAGUUAAUGAACUUGAAGUAGAUAAGGAAGAAUUCAAGGCAGUGGAGUCCUCUAUAUCCCAAGUGAGGACCAGUAGCAGUCUGGAAGAUGCUUUACACUCUAUUGCACUUCCUCCUAUGAAUAAGGAAACGACAGUACUAUCAGAAGCAUAUCCUUUACAAGCUAUCAUUUUACCGAGAGAAUGGAAAGAGAUGGAGUCCAGUGUGGGCAUUUUAGAUAGCUUGAUGGAUAUGGAUGCCUUGAAAAAGAACGACAUGGUUGACAUGUGGGGUGUUCCAGAGCCACUUGCAAAUGAUUUCUUUAUGAGACAAGGUUCGAAAGGACAACAAGAAUUGAUUUGUUGUCUAUUUCUCAAGUACUUGUGCAAAUUUCAUACUUUUCCCAAAACAUUGAAACAAAAACAAGUUGCGUCAUGGGCAGAGGACUCUGGAAUACCCAACGUACUUUUAGAACGUUUUCUCGCAGAUUUUGCUGAAUAUGAUACGAAAAGAAGGACGUAUUUUAGAAGUCCACUGUAUAUGGACAAGUUGAUUUAUAGUGCUUUAGUUGUGUGGCUUCAUUUGGUAGGUUUUUCUGGAGAUCCUCAACAUAUCGCAGAAUUGUUAGGAAUGACAGUUUUGCGUUGUUUGCUCUAUUUCAGACAAUUGGGAUGCAAAGUACAACAAAUGAAGAAGGGUGCAAAUACCAAAAGUUAUCAAGCAAGUUUGCAAGUACCCUUACAGUUUCCUGAACCCAAAAAAGCCAGACAGUUGCAACCACGAUGAAACUUGAUAAAAUCACAAACUUUUACUAGGCAAACUCAGAGUGUGCUUUCGCUACUUCCUCAUUUGCUUGGUCAGAUACCAUGUGUGGAUAUCGGUAGUCCUUUAAAGGAAUAAAGCUUUCCUA